UUUAUUGGGGGCAUAGAGCGCGUGGAUGUGGCACGGGGGCGCGGUUGUCAUUUAAUUCCACGGAUAUCCAUUGCUAUACGCCGAGCUGGCAGCGCAGCAUAUCAGAGAGGCGUGCAAAGUAAUUUUCCAGACCACCAAGCGGACAAGGACGUCUUUUCAGUCUCUCAGCAUGGGAAACCUGGUGCUCUCCACCAGUUUUUUCAGGGCUGAUGCAACCACAUCUGAACCGAUCCAUUCAGGGAGGUUUGUAGCCAGGAGAAUGUGCAAUGGUAUAAUUUAUUACUAUACUCCUAUGACAGAGGCUGAGCACCAGACAGUAUCCCUUGUGAAAGACUUGAAGACCACAGCAACUCUGUCCCCCAUUGCAUCUUCACUGUCCUCAGAAACACUUUCCCACACAAUUAUUUCCCCCCAAAUGCUGUCAGAUGCUGCUCCCAAUUCUCGCCCUCUUCUGCUCUUCUUCUCCUGGCUCCGUGCCCAACCUGGGUCUGUGGCCAAGUACAGGGACCUCUACCUUGACCGUGGUAUGGAUGUCCUCCUCAUUCAGAGCAGUGUAAUGCACUUCUUGUGGCCUCGAUGGGGACUCAACUACGGGUUGGAGAUUUUGAAUAUUUUACAAGAGCCUCCUUUCACAGGAAGGCUCAUACUGGUGCAUGCUUCUUCCAUUGGUGGUUACACUUUCACCCAGCUGCUCACCCACAUUGCUCAGCAACCAAAACAGUACACUGGCCUGGCACAGAGAGUGAAAGGGCACAUUUAUGACAGUCUAGUGGUUGGCUCUCUAGAUCACAUGGCGACAGGGCUUGGCAAGACUUUGGUGCCACGUUUAGAGGGCUUCAUCAAAACUACUGCCAUGCUCUACUUCUGGCUCUUCAAGUCCCAAACUGCAGACUUAUAUGAGAGCAGCAUCCAAGUUUUCUACAACAGCCCGGUUACUUCUCCAGCCCUCUUUUAUUUCAGCGAAAAUGAUGCAAUGUGCAGCCCUGCUGUCCUGGAAAAGCUGAUGGACCUCUGGAGGCAAAGGGGAAUGUCUGUAGGUAGCAUGAAGUGGAAGAAGUCCACACAUGCCGCCCACCUGCGAUGCCACCCAGAAGAGUAUGUUUCCACGUUGCAGCACUUCUUGAACUCCCUGUCUUUUCCUUCCCCUAAAUCCAGCAUUUGAACUGUGUGGCAAAAUUUAAGUUUUAAAUACUUUCAUUAUUUCCCAAAACAUGCACUACUAUUCCAAGCAGAAUGCACUUUUAUCUUAUUAUUUUAUCUUUUAGCUCUGAUUUUAUUGAAAAAUGAAACUUUUAAAUAUUUUUGUCAACUUCAAACCAUCUCUAUUUUUAUUUGUCAUUGUAAUUGAGGUCAUAUUUGAGGUAUUUGUGAGCAUACUGUAACACCUCUUUAGUUUGCACAAAAACAUGUUUACCAGUUGUUAAUUAAUAAACGUUUGCUGCACAAGUUGAAAAUUAAAUUUUAAAUUAACAUGA